GUGACAUAAUCACAUAAUAGACAUAACCUCAAAAGUAAAAAGCAGAACCUACAAGAGUAAAGAAUUUAUUUCGAAAAAGUAGGAUUAACAAAAUAACUGUAGUGUAUAAAAUUAAAUAGAAGAAAAAUCGUUUACAUGCGUGUGUAAAGUAUACUUAAAAAAGCCAUAAUGUCAUCUCUUCUGCGAUCUACCAAGUUUGUGCGAUACUUUGCUGGUGCGGCUAGAACACUUAUAUUAAACUCUGCAAAAACAGCUGAAGCUAAUACUUUACUGAAUCCUAAAUCACUAUGUGCUGCCAACAGUAUUUUACUGAGAGACUAUGCAACAAAAAAAUCAGAAAACUUGGAGCCAUUGCUUCAAAGAUUGGAUUCGGAAGUUAGAAGAAAUGGAAGAAUAACUAAAAGGGACAUAGAUGAAGUGUUUGAUGAAAUCAGAGCAAAACAUGACAUUACAAGCUCACAAUCUUUACUUGUUAUUAGAUGUUGUGGUGAGCUGGUACCAGAAGAGUUACCGGAACAGAGAACUCUAUUAGUUCAGAAAAUAUGGAAUGUCCUAAAUGAGAGAGGCGUACCCAUGGAUGUCUCCCAUUACAAUGCUCUCCUGCGUGUUUAUUUGGAAAAUGAGCAUGCAUUUUCUCCUGCCCAAUUCCUUGAAGAAAUGGAAAGGAAGGGCUUGCAACCAAACAGAGUCACUUACCAACGUCUCAUGUGGAGGUAUUGUCAAGAAGGAGAUGUAGAGGGUGCAACCAAGGUUCUAGAAAAAAUGCGGGAGCUAAACAUGCCCGUGUCUGAACCUGUAUUAAAUGCCUUAGUCAUGGGUCAUGCAUUCCAUGGUGACACAGAAGGGGCUAAAGCUGUGCUAGAAACAAUGGCAGGUGCUGGCCUUACUCCAUCUAACCGUACCUACACUUUAUUAGCCUGUGGCUAUGCAAAAGAAGGUGAUAUUGAAAAUAUAAAUAAGGUCAUCGCUAUGGCUGAAGACAAAGAUGCGCCUUUGUCAGACAAGGAUAUAUUAGAUGUUGUAGAAUAUUUAGCAGUUGGCGGUCACGAGAAUAAAGUUGAACAGUUGUAUACACACAUUCGUAAAAGUGUGGGUUACAAUCAAGAUGUAUGCAAUCUUAUCUUGAGACUCCUAAACCAAGGCUGUGAUACAACUGCUAAAAGUAUAAUGAAAACCAUGUCAGCAUCGGUGAAUAUUGACGAGACUGGCAAUUUCUUCAAAGGAUCGUUUUACGUGAAGCAUUUAAUCAAACUAAACCGACCAGCAGACUCUAUCAUUAAAUCGUGCAAAGAAUUACAAAAAGAAGCUUUAGUGCCUAAAGCCUUACAAAUUGCUACAGAAGUUUCGUUACAGCAAGGUAAAACUGAACUGGCAUAUAAACUGUUUAAAGAAUUGAAAAUGGACGGCUUUGAAAUUCGCCAACUCUACUAUUGGCCUCUCUUAACUCAAAAAGGAAAGGAAGGUGAUGAAGAGGGUCUUCUGCAAAUUGUCCGAACAAUGACUACCGAAAACCUGUCUCCUUCCGGUGAAACUCUCAGAGACUAUAUCAUACCGUACUUGCUAAAGAAGGAUUCGCCACAGAACGUUAUAAUUAAACUUCAAUUAGCAAAUGUACCCGUUUUCCAUAGUGCAAGAAAUGUAAUUGUAGAACUUUUACGAAAAGACAAUAUAGAAGCAGCAGCAGAAAUCGCGUUACGGUAUCGACCGAAAGGUGGAUUUUCUAUUAUCAGUCCAAUGUUAAUUAACGCUUUAGCUAACACUAAAGAUAUUGAUUCCUUUGCCAAAAUUGUACAUGUUCUGAGUAGCCGUCAACCAAAUACAGAAGAAGAUACGCCUGAUGAUGGUCCAGAACGAAGCACGGGUAACGAGGUAGGGCGUGUUGUUAGACAAGCUAUUAAAGCUUUGAAUAAAAGUGGAUUAUCAGAAAAUAUCCUGCAAGCCGUGUUAGAUAGGGGACUGCGUAUAGACGUAGCGUCGGCCGAAGAGAUAGAGCAAAUAAUUGGAGAUAACAUGACAACAGACAUUUCAAAGUUACUAUCAAGUUUAACGUCUUCAGAUCUCGAAUCCGCGCCGCUAGAAGCAUCCAAACUACCGAACAAUAAAAAAAAAUUAAAUUCCCAACAACUGGAGAAUCUAAUUAAAAAAGUACAGGACCAGGAUGGCAACCAGGCUAGAUUGCAAAAACAGCUACUCGUUACUUAUAUGGAAGAGAACAAUAUUGAGAAAUUGGAUAGUUAUAUAAAAGAAUUAAAGUCUUCCAACUUCGAACUAUCAAUGACCAUACUCACGCAAUUGUAUGAGGUGUAUUUGGAGAAUGAUAUGAUCGAGAAAGCGAAUGAAAUACAUAAGCAAAUAUUAGAAAAGAAUCCAGACUUUGUUAUUAACAGAUACAAGAAGGUUAUGAUGGCUGAAGCUUUGAUCAGGGCAAAUAAAUUUGAUGAGGCGAUACAGUAUCUUAAGGAUAAUAAGCCCACUGAUGAUAUAACAUCGAACUUUGCAUUGAAUGCCAAGUGUUGGCAAGUUCUGAAUGGAGUAUGUGAAGAGAAGGAUGUGACCAAGAUUAAAACAUUAACAGAGACUCUAAUUAAUAACAAUUACAUUGAACCGUCAAAUGUGCUAUUGGGACCUUUAAUCAAGGUACACAUUUUGAGGGAUGAUUUAGAUUCAGCUUUGAAUGAAUUUGAGUAUUGCUGCAAACAGUAUAGGAGUACACCGUGGAAGGGAGAAUUGACUAAAGCGUUGAUUUUAAAGGAGGAUGCUAAUAAAUUGCAAUGGCUCGCUGAUCUUAGUACACAGAUUCACGGCGAGAUCAACAUCCUCCACGACCUGGUGCUGGCAUUCGUAGAAUGUGGCCGACUGCGCCAGGCCAGGAGAAUUCUGGAGACACCAGGGUUAUUGGCUAGACGGCGAAAGGUCGAUGAAGCUUGCAGAAGAUAUGAGGAGGAAGGAAAGUCUGAAUACCUCGAAGGACUUCUAGAAGCGACUAGAGACUUGUCCAUUUUGGAUCGUUCUAACAUUUUCUACCACUUAUUAGUAACAUACUGCAAAGCAAACGAAACGGACAAAGCCGUAGGACUCUGGACCACAUUACAAGAAGAAGGUGAAAUUCCCACCGACGACUUCCUAAUUUACCUCGGAAACCAUUUGAAAUCGCAAAACAAAGACGUGCCAUUCGUAAUCCCACAGACUAAAACAAACAUACAGAAGAAACAAGAUGAAGCGAUAAUCAAGACAUUAGCAACCCGAAAAGAACCAGUGCAACCCAACAAACGUGGUAUUUCAGAACAGAUAGAAAAACUCAUAAACGACGGACUCCUUUCCCAAGCUGUGGACUUCACGAUCAAAUCGGUGGAAGAUGGCGUCGUGCCCAGACAGAAUGUCAUAAAGUAUUUACUGAAGAGCCUAGCAGCCGAAGGGAGUGUGGAGAAAAUUCAGAUGUUGGGAAGAUAUAUCAAUGAGGACAUGAGGAGGAAAGUGACUUAUGAUGAUAAAAUGACGGCCGCGAUAUUCAAUAGAGGUGGUGGUGAUCAACACGUGAGCAACUUGUUGUUGACCGUUGAAGCGACGCAAUCGCCGGAUGAGUUGAAAUCAGUUUUAACGAAGUUCCCAAGGAGCAAAGCUUUGGCCGCCGCUGUUUCUAAUGAAGAAUUGAGCAAAAAAUGUUUGAAAAUAGCGGAAAUAUCGGCUUCCAAAGGCAUAACUCUCCCCUUAAACCUUCUAUGGUUGGAAUACCUAAUCGCCGACAAGAAGGAGGAGGCCGACGCUAUAUGGAAGAAGUAUUUAAUUAAAUCUGAAUCCCUCGUCUUCCGACGACUUCUCCAAGAGAGUCACAUACAAAGUAAACCUAAACUUAUCGAGGAAUUAAUAAGCUACCUUAAAACUAAUCCUACUAUUCUUCCUUCAACGCUCGGAAACGCAUAUUCCCGAUUAAUUAAUCUACAUUUGGUACAAAAUAAUUUAGAUUUAGCGAAAGCGGUCACGGACGAAGCGUUCAAGAGUGGUUUAAAGGAUACCGAUUUGAAUAGAACAACUCUGCAAAGAUUAAAGUCUGCAUUUGAAGAGGCCGGUAAGGCUUAUCAGUAAUCUAAAUUUUUAAUUGCCGAAAACGGUUAGCAUUUUUGCAAACACUUGAAUAUAGUCUUAUUCAUAAACGUAUAAUAGAUAAUUAAUAUUUGCCCUUAAAUAAUUUAUAUAUUAAUAAAAUUUGUCCUGAACUUAACAGCACAUUCUAAGUAUUUGAGGCUGAACUUGAAGAGGCCGGUUUAUUUAUUAACAAAAGUUAGAUUUACAAAAAAAAAUGUUUUUUUUUUAAAUCGCCUUAUUCAAAAAUCCCCACACUAUUUAAUUAAAAUAGUCAAUCACAAUUAAAAAAAAAAAAAUUCUAUGACUGUUAAAGUUGAGUUUGAAGAGGCCAGUAGGCCUUUUCUGUAAUCAAAAAAUAUUGAAAUGUUCUGAAAAACAU